GAGCCGACUGACAGUGGUGAUGCAUUUGCUCUGUGCUAACCUUGCCCAGGACCCUGGUGACAGAGAGUAUGCAUUUGCUAGAAGUCUGCCGGGAUCCAAGAUACACAUGUAGUUCUUGUUUCCAAACCAUUCACACUAUGCUUUGGCAAGAAAAGAAAAAAAGAGAACUCGUCAGUGUUUGCCUUUACAAUCCCCAGCCACAGAACACAGAGACCUCAGAUCUACAAGACACCAGACCUCACACUGUGAAACAGAAAGCAAAUAAAAAGAAUCUUUAUUUUAAAAAGCAUUUGAUCCACCAAGAACAGGGCAACUGGAUUGUUCAGCCAGUUUUACAGAAUGAGGAUCAGUUUAAAGAACGAAGAAGCCAAUAUUGGGAUUAUCUUUGAAUGGUCCAUUUGGAAAUAAUAUUAUCUAUUGAGCUAUAGAAGGGUGGAAAGCUUUUAUUCAGAACAAUGAAUUUCAUUAAGGAGAACAGUCAAGCCCUCAUUCAAAGAAUGGGAAUGACUGUUAUAAAGCAGGUUGUGGACGAGCUCUUUGUGUGGAAUGUUCUGAAUUUUGAAGAAGUAAACAUCAUUUGCUGCGAGAAGGUUGAGCAGGAUGCUGCCAGAGGGAUCAUUCACAUGCUUUUGAAGAAGGGUUCCGAAGCCUGUAACCUCUUUCUUAAAUCCCUUGAAAAGUGGAACUAUCCUCUGUUUCAGGACUUGAAUGGACAAAGCCUUUUUCAUCAGAUGUCAGAUGGAGACUUAGAUGAUUUGGCUCAAGAUUUAAAAGAUUUAUACCAUUCCCCAUAUUUUCUGAACUUCUAUCCCCUGGGUGAAGAUAUUGACAUUAUCUUUAAUUUGAAAAGCACCUUCACGGAACCUGUUCUAUGGAGGAAAGACCAGCGCCAUCACCGUCUGGAGCAGCUGACCUUGAGUGGCCUGCUGGACACUCUUCAGAGCCCCUGCAUCAUCGAAGGGGAAUCGGGCAAAGGGAAGACCACGCUGCUACAGCGAAUCGCCAUGCUCUGGGCCUCGGGAAAGUGCGGGGCCCUGACCAAGUUCAAAUUAGUCUUCUUCCUCCGUCUGAGCCGGGCCCACGGUGGACUCUUUGAAACCUUGUGUGACCAACUCCUGGAUGUACCCGACCCGAUCAGAAAGCAGACUUUCAUGGCCAUGCUGCUGAAGCUCCGGCAGAGGGUCCUUUUUCUCCUGGAUGGCUACAACGAGUUCAAGGCCCAGAACUGCCCGGAAAUCGAAGCCCUGAUAAAGGAAAACCAUCGCUUCAAGAAUAUGGUCAUGGUCACCACCACCACCGAGAGCCUGAAGCACAUCAGGCAGUUCGGGGCCCUGACUGCCGAGGUGGGGGAUAUGACGGAGGAGAGUGCACAGGCUCUCAUCCGGGAAGUGCUGAUCAGGGAGCAUGCAGAGAGCUUGGUGCUGCAAAUUCAGAAGUCCAGGUGCCUGCGGAAUCUGAUGAAGACCCCACUCUUUGUGGUCAUCACUUGUGCAAUCCAGAUGGGGGAAAGUGAGUUCCACUCCCACACACAAACAACGCUGUUCUGUACCUUCUAUGACCUGCUGAUACAGAAAAACAAGCACAAACAUAGAGGGGUGGCCGCUAGUGACCUCACUCAGAGCCUGGACCACUGUGGAGACCUGGCUCUGGAGGGCGUGUUCAACCACAGGUUUGAUUUCGAAUCAAAGGAUGUGUGCAGUGUGAACGAGGAUGUCCUCCUGACAACUGGCCUCCUCUGCAAAUACACGGCUCAGCGGUUCAAGCCAAAGUAUAAAUUCUUUCAUCAGUCAUUCCAGGAGUACAUAGCAGGCCGCCGACUCAGCAGUUUAUUGGCAUCUCGGGAGCCCGAGGAGGUGACCAAGGGGAACGGUCAUCUGCAGAAAAUGGUUUCCAUUUCAGAUAUUACAUCCAAGUACAGCAACCUGCUCCUGUACACGUGCGGAUCGUCUACCGAAGCCACCAGGACUGUCCUGAAACACCUGGCAGCCGUGUGUCAACAUGGCAGCCUCCCCAGCUUCUCCAUCACCAAGAGGCCUCUCUGGAGGCAGGAAUCUAUGCAAAAUGUGAAAAGCACUACUGUGCAAGAAAUUCUGGAAGCCAUAAACACCAGUUCCUUUACAGAGUGUGGCAUCAAUUUAUUUCAUGAGAGUAUAUCCAAGGCAGACCUGAGUGAAGAAUUUGAAGCUUUCUUUCGUGGUAAAAGCUUAUAUAUCAACUCAGAGAACAUCCCUGAUUACUUAUUUGACUUCUUUGAGCACUUGCCUAAUUGUGCAAGUGCUCUGGACUUCAUCAAACUGGACUUCUACGGGGGAGCCACAGCUUCGUGGGACAAGCCCACAGAGGGCACGAGCAGGACCCACAAGGAAGAGUCCUCUGGUACCUACAUUCCCAGCAGGGCUGUGUCUUUGUUCUUCAACUGGAAGCAGGAGUUCAAGACUCUGGAGGUCACACUCCGGGAUUUCAGCAAGUUGAAUAAGCAAGAUAUCAAAUAUCUGGGGAAGAUAUUCAGCUCUGCUACAAGCCUCCGGCUGUCCAUUAAGAGGUGUGCUGGUGUGGCUGGAAGCCUCAGUUUGGUCCUCAGCACCUGUAAGCACAUUCAUUCCCUCGUGGUGGAAGCCAGUCCCCUCACCAUAGAGGACGAGCAGCACAUCACAUCCGUGGCAAACCUGAAAACCUUGAGUAUUCACAACCUACAGACUCAGCGGCUGCCAGGUGGUCUGACUGACAGCUUGGGUAAUUUGAAGAAUCUUAUGAAGCUUAUGCUGGAUAACAUUAAGAUGAAUGAGGAAGAUGCUAUAAAACUAGCUGAAGGUCUGACAGACCUGAAGAAUAUGUGUUUACUUCGUUUGACCCACUUGUCUGACAUUGGGGAGGGAAUGGAUUAUAUAGCAAAGUCUUUGUCAGCCAAACCCUGUGACCUUGAAGAAAUCCAAUUAGUCUCCUGCUGCCUGACCGGAACGGCUGUGAAAACCCUAGCUCAGAAUCUUCACAAUUUGGCCAAACUGAGCAUCCUUGAUUUAUCUGAGAAUCACCUGGAAGAGGAUGGAAAUGAAGCUCUGAGUGAACUGAUUGACAGGCUGCACGUGUUGGAACAGCUCACUGUGCUGAUGCUGCCCUGGUGCACUGAUGUGCGCGUCAGCCUGACCAGGCUGCUGGAGCAACUGGAGGGGGCCCCACAACUCGUCAAACUUGGGCUGAAGAACUGGAGGCUCACCGAUGCAGAGAUUAGAAUUCUAGGUGCAUUUUUUGAAAAGAACCCUCUGAAAAACUUCCAGCAGCUGGAUUUGGCAGGAAAUUGUGUGAGCAGUGAUGGAUGGCUUACCUUCAUGGGUGUAUUUGAAAACCUUAAGCAAUUAGUGUUUUUUGACUUCAGUACUAAAAGAUUUUUACCCGAUGCAGCAUUAGUCAGAAAACUUGGCCAUGUGUUAUCAAAGUUAACUUUUUUGCAAGAAGCUAGGCUUGUUGGGUGGCAAUUUGAUGAUGAUGAUAUCAGUGUUAUUAAAGGUGCCUUUAAACUAGUAACUGCUUAAAUAAAGGGCAACCUGAGCC